AAGGAUUCUGGUCCCCGUGCGUGCGUUCGGUGGAGUCGUUUCCGUUGGCCGCGCCUGCGCGCCUGAGGCGGGGAGGAGAGCUGGCGGCGGGGGCGGAGGGAAGCGACGCACGCUCCCUGCGACGCCAUUGGCUGGUUCCGGAGCGUGGGAUGAGAGAAGUCGCGCGAGAGGGACUCGCACACCUCCUGGGCACCGAGGGCUUUCCUGCGCACGCGACACCUCCCCGGCCCGGCCCCCCGCCUUCUCGCCUCCCCUCAUACUAGGUGCCAUCCGGAGCUCCCAGCUCGCGACCUCGCGCUCGACCUCCCCUCCCCUUGUCCGCCGGCCCCCCUCUACCGCGCCCGGAGAGGCGAAGCCCGCCCGCGCGUCCUUCGGAAGAGCCACCGCCCGAGAGGGAGACGGAGACCCCGCCGAGGCCGCCGCAGCCAUGCCCAAGAAUAAAGGUAAGGGAGGUAAAAAUAGGCGCAGAGGAAAGAACGAAAAUGAAUCUGAAAAAAGAGAAUUGGUCUUCAAGGAGGACGGACAGGAAUAUGCCCAGGUGAUCAAAAUGUUGGGAAAUGGACGAUUAGAAGCCAUGUGUUUUGAUGGUGUGAAGAGGUUAUGUCACAUCAGAGGGAAAUUAAGAAAAAAGGUUUGGAUAAAUACAUCGGACAUCAUAUUGGUUGGUCUCCGAGACUACCAGGAUAACAAAGCCGAUGUUAUACUAAAAUACAAUGCAGAUGAAGCAAGAAGUUUAAAGGCAUAUGGGGAACUUCCAGAGCAUGCCAAAAUCAAUGAAACAGACACAUUUGGUCCUGGAGAUGAUGAUGAAAUCCAGUUUGAUGAUAUCGGGGAUGAUGAUGAAGACAUUGAUGAUAUCUAAAUUGAACUCGACAUUUACAUUCCGAUUUUUCAGAGGAUUGUUCUGCUUUGAUAUUUUCAUUUGGAUUUUUGGCCAAGUCCCAUCCUGUUAAGAAGAAUGAAACUUCAUUAGCAUGAGUGCAGCUUGUUAAACCAGACUGAUUUAUUUUCAAUGUUUGUUUUUAAAAUAUUUAUAUUUCUUUAAAAACUGAUAAUGCUGAAUUACCUUAAGUGAAAUGUUAAGCCCAUUUUGUCUCUUUGGUGAAUUAGAUCUUCAGUGUUUGGGUAAAGAACCAAAACAUCUAUUUGGCCGGAUUUUUUUUUAAAUGCAUUACUGCCUUUCCUAUUUUGACCACCUUACUUCCAGUAAAUUGAUGUUUUGAAUAAAUUGUUUGCCCUAUGACUAUCAUGGAUUAUAAUUAAAUCCCUAGUUUGAAUUUGUGUCUUUUCACUGUACAGAGUCUUUCUGUAUGUUCCAGUUGCCUGUAACUUCACUUGAGUUUUUGAUAAAAUUUAAGGGAGGCAGAAAUCUGCAUUUAAAGUCAUAAUGCAUGGGUCUGUUUUUCAUAUUUUAAUAGCUUGUGGCUAUUUUUAUACUGAUUUUGAUAUUACACACAUUCAGUAAUCUCAUCUGCCACCGUAAAGAAGUCAGAUCUAAAAAGAAGCUUUUCAGAAAUGCAGGUGUUUUAAAACUGAUUUGAAUUUGUAAGAUUAAUAGUUACAGAAAUUGAACGCUGGGUGGCACCCAAUUACCUAAAACAUCAAAUGUAGUCAUACGUUAUUUGUGGGUUUGGUUGUUUUGUUUGUUUGUUUGUUUUGGGUUUUUUUGGGUUUUUUUUUGUUUGUUUGUUUUUUGUUAAACAUGCCAAGAAAGUUUCCCAAACAGAAAAAUAAAUGAUUAAUUAUCUUUUGAAGGUAGAAUAUUUUUACAGUACAGAAGGGUUGUGUUUUAAAUUGUCAUUUUAUCUUAACCUUCAAAAGUCGUGUACCUUGCAAGAUAAAAUUUUGGAUAGUUUAUGUACACUUAAAUUACGAUGUAUAAAUGAAAAUUUGAUGUCAACUUACAAAAAUUAAGUUUUUGUCCAAAAUUAACCUGAAGGGGUGGAGAAAACAAUGGAAAGCCAGUCUCCAGUUUCUGGAUGGAAGAGCCACUCCUAAGAAGUCUAAUAAAGACUAAAUCAUUUUGUGGAGAUUAACAUA